AUGGCUUGUUUUGCGAGGCCGAAACGGGUCACUGGCCCGUUCGACGAUAAAGUCAAGGCUCGGAUUGUCGGUGUCAGCAGCGGAAGUGAACACAGCGCCAAAGCUGAUGACGACGUCGUUUCGCCUUCUCUCACCGACCUUGUCCACAGAUUUCUCGAAAACGACGAGGUAAGCACGCCGGAGACUGAGUCAGAUUCCGAGCGCGACCCAAUAUUAACGUAUGAUCAUUCAACGGACAAGAUCGAAGACCCGAUAAAUCCAAUGGUCAAUAACAAUGCAGAUCCUUUUAAGAAUGUCCUUUUAGCUCAUGUUUCAAGAGCAAUCCAAGUGUUUUCAUGCGUGAAAGUGAACAAACCCAUUCUCCGCCGAAAAGUGAUGACGGUUCUCCGAGAUUUCGGCUACAAUGCAGGUAUUUGCAAGACUAAGUGGGAAACCUCCGGCGGACUUACCGCCGGAAACUACGAGUUCAUCGACGUUAUCCUAUCCGACUCAGCCAACCACCUGACUCGAUACUUCAUCGAUCUCGACUUUGCCGGUGAGUUCAAGGUCGCGAGACCUACGAAUCACUACGAGAGACUCUCGCAGUUCUUGCCUAGUAUUUUCGUCGGUAAAAGUGCAGAUUUGAAGCAGAUCCUGAAGGUCAUGAGCGACGCAGCGAAGCGAUCGUUGAAAACUAGAGGUCUGCACAUGCCCCCCUGGAGAAAACACCGUUACUUGCAAAACAAGUAUUUCGGCCCGUACCUUCGGACGUUGAAUUUGAUGCCGGCGAAGUCUUCGGCAUUUACAGUGACGGCCAAACCAGCUUUCGCCGUCAAGUGCCGAUCCGUUGGCUUUAACGCCGUUAACGGCCGUUUGUUAUUUCCCUCAACAACCCGUACGAGAUAA